UCUCAAGCUGCUACCAUGCGGGGGCUGUUACUGUCGCUGAUGAUCACGUCCAUUUGUUUAACCAAAAGAGUUCAAGCAAUCAAAUGGGGUAGAUGUGAACAUGUGGAACUGCAAAAGAAUUUUAGUCUCAAUCAGUAUAUGGGAACAUGGUAUGAAAUUGAACGACUUUACAAUGUCACUGGAGAACGCAGAUGUAUUUCUGAAACAAUAUCUAAAGCUUUCAAUGGGUUUAGAGAGACAUACGAGCUUCUCACUUGGAUGAUUAAAGACAAUGAUGCAGUGGUUGUACUCAGUGCAGAAUUAAUUCCACCUCCAAAGGCAAAUAAAGAUCAAGCAAAACUUACCUACAGACUCGAUCAACAAAUGGGGCAUGAGCCUUUAGAUGACAGUGUCAUUUUUCAUUACUGGGUGGUAGACACUGACUAUACAAGUUACUCGCUGGUAUUCUCCUGUGUUUCUUUCCUUGGCAUAGCACACACCCCUUAUGCCUGGAUUCUUUCAAGAGAACGACAGCUGUCAGCAAAUACCACAAAAUACCUGCAUGAUAUCCUGGAUAAAUAUAACAUUAAUAUUGAAGAUCUUGUGAAAAUUAAUCAAGAAGGUUGCAUAUAAGAGCUAAAUAAAAACCAAAAGAACUGCAGA